CAUCGGCACUAUGGACACUAUAAAAAUAGAUAGUCACAUUGAAAAUCGGAAUGAAAUUCUUCUUGGAUUGAAAAAAAUAUGUAACAAAAAUUCGGGACUGCAAACAACGAAUUCAGAGGAAGAUUCCAGCAUUUUCGACAUUGUUGAUUCUCAAGCGUUUCCUGAACAUUUAUUACAUGCAAAUAAAUGGCUGACUUUGAAUUUAUCGAAAGACAUAAUUCAAGAAAGUGAUAGAGUUUCGGCCGGUCCCGUAAGUUGUUCCGGCAACGCAAGCAAUAAUAAAAGGUUUGGAACAACAAAAUUUGAGCAACAUACAAAACAAGAUAACGAUCUUCCAAAAGAUCUAAGUAGCCUAUCCACUUUCUCUUCUCAAAAUACACAAAGUUAUUUGAAAAACAUCUUUAAGACUACUGUAGUCUCAGAAAACUAUGUGAUAUCGGAAUCGCAGAGUGAAGGCUCCUUCUGCUCGAACACGGUCAAAGAUUCCGAGGGGAGUCAGGAAGCAGGUAACAAUAAUGCAAGUCAAGAGAAAAUAGACGAGGUUUCGUGCAAUGGGAUCGAUUACAUCAACAAAUUGGUGGGAUUAGGAUCCUUACCGUCACAGAUCGAAACCCACGAUUGCAACGAUUUAUCGCACAAUAUUACUUCAGAGACAGAAAGAGACAUCUCUGCUAAUGAAAACGCUUCGAAUGUUACAUUUCACGAAUGCUGUUCGUUGCAUCAAAAAAACGUUGAUAAUUCACGAAAAGAUGACGACAAGAUAUUGCCAGGGUUAAGAAUACUUGAUAUUACACCAAUUUCGCAAAAGCUUCAUUCUUCUAAACGGGACAUUACGCACGAUAUAUUUCAAUCUAACGGGGAGAACUGUUUUUCCCGAAACGAAGACGAGAGCGAUCUUACAAAUUUAGAGAUCGAUAGCAUCACCCGGUACCAGAGAUGCAGUCUUGUGGAUAAUUUAAAAUUUUCUACUGUCGUUAUGGACGAGGAGGAAUGGAUUAACGAUAAAACUCAAGAGUUGUGUACGUCUUCGUUCCAACUGUGUGGUGAAAGUAUCGAAUUGAUUCAGAUUACUCAGAAUGUCACUCAAGACGUAGUAUCGUUUCAACAAAAUGGACGAUGUUUGCAAGGUGAUAAUUCGGUAGAAGAUGAGGAACGUAUGGAUCCUUCUGAAAAAAGGAGAAACUUAGAUUUGGAAAAUAAAGUAGACGCGCUUCGUAAAAACGAGGGGAAAAGGAUUCCUUCCGCGUGGUUGACCUUAAUCCUUGAUGCUCCCAACACGAAUAACAUUCCUCUUGAAUCGAUGAAGGCAACACUUUCGGUUCUACUGGAUGAGAAGGUAAUAAUGCAGUAUAUGAAAAACAGAUGCUGGAAAGAUACAAUUGAAAUGCAGUUAGUGAACGCUAUAUUAAAUUUUUGCAAUGUUUUUGAAAGUGAGAAUAAAAAUAAGGCGUACACGAAUGAAAUUAUUCAGGUGGUUACGAACACGUUAGACAAAUGCAUUGGAAACAGAGAAUUGGAAAAGGCUACAAUAUUAAUCCAUCAAGUAACCAUUAUUGUGGAAUUAUGUGCAUGUAUGGGAGUUUGUAUCGAAGUUAUAAAUUAUUUAUUAACGAGACUGAAGUCGUACGAAGGUAUGUUGACUUCGUUGGCGACUGGCAAAAAAGCGGACGUCCAUAACAUAGUGAACCCAUUGCACAUCAUCUUUUAUUCGUUAAAUUUAUGUUUGGAGAAAUAUCGGUUAGUAGUUUCUGGUAAAGAUGACAAUCAUCUCGAAGAGCAUGCGGAAAAACAAGCGGAUGAAAGCAGACAAAUACGAGAAGGUCGGUGGCAAAUGAUACUGAAUGAUUUUACUACAAUUGCUGUAGAAAGUUUUAUUAAAUUUACAGAAAUGUCGCAAAGAUUAUUGAAUAUAUUAACACGUAAAUAGACAGUGCCAUAAAUAAUAAAUGCGCACGAAAUGUACUGUUCUUACUGCGAGUUGUAUUCACGAUUUCAUUAAAGCAUUAAACAUUACAA